UUAUCUUCAUAAACUUUCUUAAUUUCCCAUUGAACCAAAAAACUCAUUUUGGGAAAAGAAAGGAGAGAUGGAUCAAGGUGAUUACAAGCAUUUCAGCCACUCACAUAGCUUAAUCAUGCACCAGAUGCCCGAAGGCAUUGAAGUCUCGUGUUCUGGUUGCAACUCUUCCUGCGUUGGAACUGUAUUUGUUUGCUGGCAAUGUAACUUUUUCCUUCACGAGCAAUGCUACCGAGCCACUAGAUCUCUUAAACACCCAUCACACCCUCAGCAUCCCCUUUCUUUGGUUCCUUACCCAACUUACCCUUCCAAUUCCUUCUACUGCAAUUCCUGUGAAAUCAUUGGAACCGGGUUUUCCUAUUCUUGUUCUGAUUGUGAAUUUGACCUUCAUGUUCAAUGCGCUUAUUCCAUUUCAAGAGCAACAAGUUUUAAGAAAACUCAUCUAUUCCAAGAACUAGUGCCACAAAGUUGGAUUAAUGGACAAAAUUCUAACAUGGUUCACAAUGUUCCCUUUGUUUCUGUCCCUGAUCAUAGUCUUCCAAUUCCGUUCACCACUUCCCAGAAUCCUUACAUGCCUCCAAGUUCGUUUCCUGAUCAAUAUCAUCCCACGGGCCCUGAUGUAACAUAUGUUUCUGCUCCACCGAGUCGUCAGAAUUCAAUUCCCUCUGUUCAUGAUCCAACCACUUAUCAUAAUUCGAUUGCUAGUGCCCAAUAUCCGUCCAUGGUUCAAACGGGUCAUUCUGUUUCUAAUCCUAAUUAUCCUCCAAAUCCUAUUCCACACACCCAAGAUUCAGUUUCUCAUGUUGGACCUUCUGUCCCUGAUCAUAGUCUUCCAAUUCCGUUCACCACUACUCAGAAUCUUUACAUGCCUCCAAGUUCGCUUCCUAAUCAAUAUCACCCCACAGGCCCUGAUGUAGCAUAUGUUUCUGCUCCACCUAGUCGUCAGAAUUCAAUUCCUACUUCUCAUGAUCCAACCACUUAUCAUAAUCCGAUUGCUACUGCACAAUAUCCGUCCAUGGUACAAACUGGUCAUUCUGUUUCUAAUCCUAGUAAUCCUCCAAAUCCUAUUCCACAAGCCCAAGACUCAGUUUCUCAUGAUAGACCUUCUGUUACCAUUCCCACUUCUCCUGAAAAUACAGUUCCUGUCCCCCUAUAUCCUUCCAUAGAUCAUACUGCAUCUUCUGUUUCCGUCCCCACUAAUCCACCUAAUCCGAUUACUAGCACCCAAGAUCCAUCAACGCCUCAACACAAACCUUCUGUUUCCAUUCCAAAUAUUUCUCAGAGUUCCAUUUCUAAUGUCCAGUAUUCUACAAUGGGUCACAAUGGACCUUCUGUUUCUAUUCCAACUAUUCAGCCCGAUCCAAUUACUAGACCCCAAGAUCCUUCGAUGCCUCAAAAUGGAUCGAAAAAUAAAGUGUUUAUGCAUUUCAGCCACCCUCACAAAUUAUCUGUAGUUGAUUUACAAGAAAGCGAAGAAAAUGAGAUUACUUGUUCAGCAUGUGAAGACACCCUAGUUGGUAAGGGCUAUUCAUGUGUCGAACCAAAAUGCGACUUUCAUCUUCAUGAAUCAUGUUUUAACUUAAAGAAAGAAAUCCGCCACAAGUCACACCCCGAACACCCUCUGACUCUACUCCCAGUAGCGCCUUACAACAAUACAAAUGGCGAAUUUACUUGUAAUGCAUGUUUUAGUGACGGUACAGGUUAUACCUAUCACUGUUCUAUCUGUACAUUUGAUCUACACAUCCAAUGUGUAAACUUACCUGAAACAAUGAAACGAAAUGAUCAUGAACACGAGCUUAAGUUAUUCUACUCGUGCCCAAUGAAAGGAGAAAGGGAAAAUUUUACCUGUCAUGUUUGCCACGAGGAAGUCCCAAAGGAACGAUGGGUGUACUAUUGUGAACCGUGUGAUUAUGGUACACAUUUGGGUUGUGUUGAUUGCGAAGAAUGUGAAGGGGACAGUACUGUGACCGAUGCACAAGCCCAUCUCCAAAGUGUUAUGGAUACACAAGUCCAGCUCCAGAGGCUUCAGCUUCAAAUGCAAAUGGCUUCACAGCAAGCGCAGUUUAUGGCUAGCAUGGGUGCAAGCCUGGCAAACUUGGUAUAGUUACAGUGCUAUAUAGAAAAUUGGUGGUUCACUCGUGUGUGGAGUCUUUCAGCUAUAAGUAUGCUCUUAGUUUGAUUUUUCUGUUCCAUGUUAAGUUGUUAACUAUCUAUGUUUUAUUGGCAAACUUGAUCUCUAGGUUUUGUCAAUUGUAUUCUUCUUUGCUUGUGUGACAGUGGAUUCACUAUUACAUACUCAUUCAAAAAGUUUACUUAAUAUUUUUUAUAA